AUGAUGAAGUUGUUCAGUGCCUUCACCUGCUAUAGCAUCAUGGUGACUAUGGCAGCCAGAAACUACUGCAGGGGAGUGCACUCGCGACACAGACGCAGCAGCAUAGAUGUCGGUGACAUCAAUUUCCAAAAUGGACAUCCAGGGGUUGCCCAGAUACCCCGUCCAGACUCCCCGGUAGGCUGCUUGGAAGAGGUGGAAGGACUCGUGCGGGAAGGUCCUGAGCUCCUGGACUUCGGUGUAGACGACGUGGCCGAGCAGCUGACCCUGAUGGAUGCGGAGCUCUUCUCGCGCGUGCGGCCCUUCGAGUGCCUGGGCUCCGUGUGGUCGCAGCGGGACCGGCCGGGGGCCACAGGCACCGCCUCCACUGUGCGCGCCACUGUGACCCAGUUCAACACGGUGACCGGCUGCGUGCUGGGCUCGGUGCUCGGGUCGCCGGGCCUGGCCGCCCCGCAGAGGGCGCAGCGGCUGGAGAAGUGGAUCCGCAUCGCGCAGCGCUGCCGGCAACUGCGGAACUUCUCCUCCCUGCGCGCCAUCCUGUCCGCCCUGCAGUCUAACCCCAUCUACCGGCUCAAGCACAGCUGGGGUGCCGUGAGCCGGGAACCGUUAUCCACUUUCAGGAAGCUUUCGCAGAUUUUUUCCGAUGAGAACAAUCACCUCAGCAGCAGAGAGAUUCUCUCCCAGGAGGAGGCUACCGAGGAGAAUGCCCCCCCAGGAAGCCUGCCCUCAAAACUGCCCCCAGGCCCCAUCCCCUACCUUGGCACCUUUCUCACGGACCUGAUUAUGCUGGAUACAGCCCUGCCGGACAUGCUGGAGGGGGAUCUCAUCAACUUUGAGAAGAGGAGGAAGGAGUGGGAGAUCCUGGCCCACAUCCAGCAGCUGCAGAGGCGCUGUCAGAGCUACUGCCUGAGCUCCCACCUGCCCAUCCUGGCUGCCCUGAGCACCCAGCGCCAGCUCAGCGAGGAACAGAGCUACCGCAUCUCCCGGGUCAUUGAGCCACCGGCCGCCUCCUGCCCCAGCUCCCCACGCGUCCGGCGGCGAAUCAGCCUCACCAAGUGCCUCAGCGCGAAGCUGUCCCGAGAGAGAGGCUCCUCCCCUGGUGGGAGUCCCAGGGAUCCCUCAUCCUCCACCUCCAGUCUGUCCCCAGCGUCCCCCCCAUCCAGUCCUAGAACCAGGGACCCUCCUCCCGGCAGUCCUCCGGCCUCUCCAGGGCCCCAGGGGCCCAGCACCAAGCUGCCACUGAGCCCAGACCUGUCAGGCCCCCGGCCCCUGGCCUUGCCCUUGAGUGGCCCUCACAUCGCCCUCCCAGGGCAGCAGGGCUCAGAGGCCUGCGUCAUCCGAGUCAGCAUCGACAACGACCAUGGAAAUCUGUAUCGGAGCAUCCUGCUCACUAGUCAGGACAAGGCCCCCAGCGUGGUACAGCGAGCCUUGGAAAAGCACAAUGUGGCUCAGCCCUGGGCCCGGGACUAUCAGCUCUUCCAAGUCCUUCCUGGGGACAGGGAGCUCCUGAUUCCUGACAAUGCCAAUGUCUUCUACGCAAUGAGCCCAGCCGCCCCUGGAGACUUCGUGCUGCGGCGGAAGGAGGGGGCCCAGCACACAACCUCAGUCUCCCCAACCUGAGGUGGUCCUCCCCCUCCUCCAGGACAUGGGCCCCAUGGGCAGCAAGGGGCCUGGCUUCUCUCACCAGGGGAGGGAGCUGUUCUCUGGAAAUCUCUCAUUCCCCAGUAGAGGCCAUUGUCCUCCAUACCCUGUAAACUCCCCCCUCCCCCGCAACUUUAUUGGACCUCAUCCCUGUGACCCUUUUGGCACCAGACCCCUAUUCCAAAGACAUCAGCCCAUGGGUGGCUGGUGGAGAGCUUCAUCCCAUAAACAUAGAAAGGGGGGUGGUGUCAGGGGUCAGACCCUCCCCCAGAGAAAUCUUGUAACUGUUGGAGACACAUCAGAAGCGAUAGAAGUGGAUGAAAAUAGUGAUCAAAGUUAUGAAA